CCCCUCCGCUUGAUCCAUUGUUGGGCGAAGGACUGCGACACAGAAACAAUCGCGACCGAAACUUUACAGGUAUCUCUCCACGGAGGAACUUGCUGUCGUGUAAACUUGUCUAUAUUUUUUUCGAGAGGAUAUACUUUGUAAGCUCAGCAGUUAGGAGGAACACUUAAUCGGGUCAGCGAGGGGAGGAAACGGGAGGAAAACUUUUGAGGCAAGGAACUCCGUAAUUCCCAUUCCUCCAUUUUGAACUUUUAAACUCUAGUUUUCGAGUGGGCUACUUUCGACUUCCAGACAUCAUGACAAACAUCAACACACCCAACAUCAACUUUAAAUGGGAUCCAAAGAGUCUGGAGAUUCGUACAUUGGCUGUAGAGAGGCUGCUGGAGCCCCUUGUCACUCAGGUCACUACUUUGGUAAACUCCAGCAACAAAGGACCUUCCAACAAGAAGAAAGGACGCUCCAAGAAAGCCCAUGUCUUGGCAGCAUCAGUGGAGACCGCAACCCAGAACUUCCUAGAGAAAGGAGAAAAGAUUGCAAAGGAAAGUCAGUUCCUCAAGGAUGAGUUGACUGCUGCUGUGGAAGAUGUCCGCAAGCAAGGUGAGUCCAUGCGUCAGGCUUCAGGAGAGUUUGCAGAAGACCCCUGCUCAUCUGUGAAGAGGGGCAAUAUGGUUCGUGCUGCCAGAGCCCUCCUGUCGGCAGUCACACAUCUGCUGGUGCUGGCAGACAUGUCGGAUGUCUACAAACUUCUAGUACAGCUCAAACUGGUGGAGGACAAUCUGGUGAAAGUGCGCAAUGCAGGAACAGAGCAGGACCUUGGAAUCCAAUAUAAGGCCUUAAAACCAGAGGUGGACAAGCUUAACCUCAUGGCUGCCAAACGACAACAGGAGCUAAAAGACGUCCACCACAAGGACCAAAUGGCUGCCGCUCGCGGGGUUCUACAGAGGAACAUCCCCAUGCUGUACACAGCGUCCCGUGCGUGCCUGCAGCAUCCUGACGUGGCAGCCUACAAGGCUAACCGUGACCUGAUCUACAAGCAGCUGCAGCAUGCUGUCUCAGGCAUCUCCAAUGCUGCCCAGGCCACUGCCACCGAAGAUUCAGCACUCAGUCAGCCAGCAGGGGGUGGAGAGCUUGCCUUUGCCCUCAACAAUUUUGAUAAACAAAUCAUUGUGGACCCUCUGGCGUUUACCGAGGAACGCUUCCGUCCAUCCCUUGAGGAGCGUCUUGAGAGCAUCAUCAGCGGCGCUGCCCUCAUGGCUGAUUCAUCGUGCACACGUGAUGACCGCAGGGAGCGCAUUGUGGCGGAAUGCAACUCUGUGCGCCAAGCUCUCCAGGAUCUUCUGUCUGAGUACAUGGGCAAUGCAGGAAGAAAAGACAGGAGUGAUGCUCUGAACACUGCUAUUGACAGGAUGACAAAAAAGACCAGAGACCUUCGCAGACAGCUGCGUAAAGCUGUAAUGGACCAUGUCUCUGACUCUUUCCUGGAGACCAAUGUUCCCCUCCUAGUCCUCAUUGAAGCUGCCAAGAAUGGCAACGAGAAAGAAGUCAAGGAAUAUGCCCAGGUGUUUCGUGAACAUGCCAACAAACUGAUUGAGGUGGCCAAUCUGGCAUGCUCUAUCUCCAACAAUGAAGAGGGAGUGAAGCUGGUCCGCAUGGCAGCAUCUCAACUGGAAAGUCUUUGCCCCCAGGUGAUUAAUGCAGCGUUAGCCCUUGCUGCCAAACCCAACAGUAAGGUGGCCCAGGACAAUAUGGAUUUGUUCAAGGAGCAAUGGGAGAAGCAGGUCCGCGUCCUCACUGAUGCUGUUGAUGACAUAACAUCUAUUGAUGACUUCCUUUCUGUGUCAGAGAACCACAUCCUGGAGGAUGUGAAUAAAUGUGUCAUCGCACUGCAGGAGAAGGAUGUUGAUGGUUUGGAUCGCACUGCUGGAGCUAUUCGAGGACGUGCUGCCAGAGUUGUCCAUGUCGUCACGUCUGAAAUGGACAAUUACGAGCCUGGAGUCUACACAGAAAAAGUACUGGAAGCCACCAAGCUCCUUACUGACACAGUCAUGCCACGGUUCACAGAGCAAGUAGAGUCUGCAGUGGAGGCCUUGAGUGCAAACCCCUCGCUGCCCGUGGAUGAGAAUGAGUUCAUUGACGCGUCCCGUCUGGUCUAUGAUGGCAUUCGUGACAUUCGCAAGGCUGUGCUCAUGAUCAGAACUCCAGAGGAGCUGGAUGACUCUGACUUUGAGACUGAAGACUUUGAUGUUCGCAGCAGGACCAGCGUACAGACCGAGGAUGACCAGCUUAUUGCCGGCCAGAGUGCAAGGGCUAUCAUGGCACAGUUGCCCCAGGAGCAGAAGGCAAAGAUCGCUGAACAGGUGGCUAGCUUCCAGGAAGAGAAGAGCAAGCUGGAUGCUGAAGUAUCUAAGUGGGAUGACAGUGGCAAUGACAUCAUUGUGUUGGCUAAGCAGAUGUGCAUGAUCAUGAUGGAGAUGACAGAUUUCACCAGGGGGAAAGGGCCACUGAAGAAUACGUCUGAUGUCAUCAGUGCUGCAAAGAAAAUUGCGGAGGCAGGAUCAAGAAUGGACAAGCUGGGCCGCACCAUUGCUGACAAUUGCCCUGACUCAACCUGUAAGCAGGACCUGCUGGCCUACCUGCAGCGGAUCGCUUUGUACUGUCACCAGCUGAACAUCUGCAGCAAAGUCAAAGCUGAGGUGCAGAACCUGGGAGGAGAGCUGGUCGUCUCUGGGUUGGACAGCGCCAUGUCCCUCAUCCAGGCUGCCAAGAAUCUCAUGAACACUGUGGUGUCCACCGUCAAGGCCUCCUACGUUGCAUCCACCAAGUACCAGAAGAACAAAGGCAUGGAGGCUCUCAAUAUGCCAGCCAUCUCCUGGAGGAUGAAAGCUCCUGAGAAGAAGCCUCUGGUGAAGAGAGAGAAGCAGGACGAUGGCCAAACCAACCGAGUGAAGAGAUCCUCUCAAAAGAAGCACGUGAACCCAGUGCAGGCUUUGAGCGAGUUUAAAGCCAUGGAUAGUAUCUAGACUGGCCUGUUUCUGAGAACACACAUUUAUUGACCAAUGAGUUUAUGCUUGGAUUAAUCUUUUCAUUCUGUCAGAAAAGAAAGUUUUAUUAUAUUUGAUCCACCUUUACAUAGACAUCUUUCCUGUUUGAUCAUUAUCCUUUUACACUCAUCUCGAUUCCAUACAUUCACAUUUGAUCUAGUCUGUAGCAUUAACUGUGUCUUUAAGAAGCAGUCAGAGGGAAAUCAACUGGAUAGGGAUGUUUUUUGUGUGUUCCCUUGUUUAUGCGGGGAUGUGUGAAUUUCAUAGGUAUUAUCAGAACUAAUUCCACAAGGCUUUUGAUAAUUUUGUAUUCUAACCAGUUUCAUAGUUUAUACUGUGGGGUCUCUGGUGUUUUCACAGAGAUGUUUUAGGAUUCCAAGGUUGCUUCUGUUCUGCAAUUAUCAUCUAUGCAAAAUCUCAACUGCCUUAUUUUAACCAGAGAAUAACUGUAGAUGAUGUGGAUGCGCUGGGCUAACUGGUAAGAUUUUAAACAUGUUUGGUUGAACUCAAAGUAACCAAAGUUAGUAUAUUCCAUGUGUGCCUGUACUUUUAUAGCUGUAUGCUUACUUUGUUAUGCCACUACAAAGAGUUUAAAUGUUUAGACUGACUUAAAAUGCUAUUUUCUGAGCUGAAUGGGGAAACUUGUCACACCUAUUCAGGUUGUCUGAUAAAUGUCAUAUCUCCAUAAUUUAAGCAUCUAAAGUUUUAUUUCUUUGCUUUUUUCAUGUUCACACAAUUGGCUAAUAGAAAGUGUCUCUUCCUCAUUCUCUGUUUGCUGCAUAGUUGGCACCUUUGUAUCAACAAUGAGUCACACAGAUCCACCAAGACUAGUCAAACAAUAAAUCCUCAGAGUCUGGAAGAAUCAGGUGGGUUUAUCAAUGAGUAGAACCUGUGUCUGUGUUCCUAAAGCUAACAAAGCUUCAUUAACUGAUAAUGUGACCAAACACCUUCACAAUCCAAGGCCGUUUCCAAAUCGAGGGAUCAAUAUGUUUUCUUUACACAGCUCAAGUGAGAGAGGAUUUAGUUCAUCUUCAUUGUUUCUAUCUCUUGUCUCUAAGUUUGAACACUAAUCAAGAUUUUACUUGUGAACAAUCUUUAUAUUAAGUAGAAAUAAGUUGCCAGGUGUUGGAGCUUUAAAAUUAAAGGUGAGAUUUUGUGUUUUUACUUCUGGUAACAGUAGAGGGAUUUAGCAGCUCUGACAUUGAUAGUUUUGUCCUGCAGAGGUGAUGCAUUGGAUUUGAAAAUCUGCUGCUCUUAACACUGAUAAACUACAGCAGGGAGGGCAUAUUUGAUAGUUAUGAUUUUACUGUAGAAUCGAGCAUUUCCAUUGUUUUUGCAGGAAGAUUUUUCUCUCUUUUUUUUUUUUUUUUUUGAGUUUUGAUUUUGAGUGAUAUCAGAUAACUUUGCUGUGUAUUUUUUUGUUAUUGAGAGCUGACUUAUUAUUGCACACGUUUCUUGUAUUCAUGUGCCUGCUUUAUAUCAAAAUAAACACCUGAAAAUAAA